AUGGAUCAGAACAGCAGCAGUGAGCAGCUGGUUCUACUUUCUAGCGACCCCAUGGAGAUGAGGAUGAAGUUUGCCAACGUGCAGGUGCUGGUGUGGUUUUUUAUUUACAUCGACAUCUUCAUGCUCUUCACUUUCUUCAGUACACGAGCCAUGGAUCAGAACAGCAGCAGCGAGGAGCUCAUACUUAUUGAUCGUGACCCCAUGGAGGUGAGGACGAAGUUUGCCAUAGUGCAGGUGCUGGUGUGGUUUUUUAUUUACAUCGACAUCUUCAUGCUCUUCACUUUCUUCAGUAAGCAGGCUUUCCGCAGUGACACACGUUAUAUCCUGUUUGCUCACACCCUGUUGAUGGACUCUAUACUCCUGCUGCUCACAGACCUGGUGGUGCUGCUUAGUUACUUGGAUAUUCAAAUUCCUGUGGGUCACUGUGUUGUGCUCUGUAUUCUUAUGGGGUUCAGCACUAAAAACACACCCUACACCAUCACCGCUAUGUGUCUGGAGCGAUACGUGGCCAUCUGCAUGCCGCUUAGACAUGCCAGCAUUUCCACAACCGGCAGGGCCAUAGCUGCCAUCAUUAUCAUCUGGGCAUUCAGCUCUGUCAAGGUCAUCAUAGAUCUUGUUAUCGUCACUGUCACAGCCCCACCAAGCUACUUUGCCAAGCCCACCUCAUGCUACUAUGAGAUCAUGCUGGUGACUGAGUGGCACCACCUCAUGCAUAUCAUCUUUAAUCAGAUGGACUUCUUUAUUAUUGCAGUGAUAAUACUGUUCUGCUACACAAAGAUCAUGCUGGCAGCCCACGCUGCCUCAGGAGAAAAUAAACAGUCUGUAUCAAAGGGGCGACACACACUCCUGCUCCAUGGCGUACAGCUUGUUUUGUGCAUGGUUAACCUGUGGUGCCCCUAUAUAUUGGCUGUUGUUAGGAAGCAAGGCCAACAUGUGUUCAUACCUGUCCGAUUCUUCAAUUUCAUUGCUUUUACUAUUAUCUCAAGGGCCCUGAGUCCCCUUAUCUAUGGCCUCAGGGAUAAAGAGUUUAGCCUUGCCCUGAAAUAUUACAUGAGGUGCAGGGCAAGCCCUUUUCUGGAGAAACAUAGCAGCUGA